AUGAACGUGAAUUGUUUAAUUCAAAUGUGUAAUGUGAUGAGAUCGUGGACCGGCAUAUCCAGCUGGAAGACCUAGCAGAUCUAGUCAAGACAUACGCAGUUCCUUGCCAGACUAUAAAUGACUUUAUCGUUCACAGGCCUUGAAACAUCACCCGAACUUACUUCAUCAACUACGUUCAUCGACAGACGAAAAAUAUUGUUCUAACACUCAAACCAAGCGGUAAUUCUCUCAUGCCUUCAAACUGACAAAAGACAAAUUAUUAACUCUUACGAUCAGAUUCGGCAUCAAAUCACAUUAUGCAUUUUUCGAGAAUCUCCUGUGUCCUCGCAUUUGCCUCUGCCGCUCUCGCCGGCCAGUGCUAUAACCACGUGGAAGGUGCCCACAAGGUAAACUGCGCUCAUAAAGACGAGCUGUCCAGAUACGCCGAAGACUACUGCCAUGACAACUGGAACAAACUAGGCGGAGAUUGGACCGACUUCAACGACCGAAGCGGGCAUACGGCAAAUAUUGGCAAAGUAGCCAAUUUCAACUCCAAAACAGCCUGCAUCGCGGCCUUUUCUCAGGUUGUGGAAAACUGUUACGAUGGGUGGGAUGGUGGUCAAUGGGUGGCUUAUGGGACUUUGUUGAACAUUAACUUCUGUAAAUGGUCGGCUGAUCCUAAGGAAGUUAGUUACGAAGGAUUGGCUGCUAGACCUGAGGCUAAGAGAGUUGCAUAUGAUGGACCGAGGGAAGCGAAGAGAGUAGGAUAUGAAGGACUGAGAGGUGUGCCUGAAGCGAAGAAAGUUAGACCUGAUGCUAAGAGAGUCAGAUAUGAAGGGCCGAGGGAGGCUAAGAGAGUUGCUUGGGAUGAGUUGGUUAGUGAAAAACCUGAGGCUAAGAGAGUUGGAUAUCAAGGAUUGAGAAUUCAAUCUGAAGGGAAGAGAUUUGAUUUGUAA